CGCUCCUAUUCUAGUGCAUUGCCACAGUACAGAUCAGUGAUCCUCGACGGUGGAUGUGUCAAAUCGCUACAGCCAGAGUCAUGAUUUGUAAGCUCGGCUGUUGUGUUUGUUAGAUAUUUUUGUCACAAUGGCAGAGGCUGUUCGACCCAAGAAGAGGACGAAAAGAAAAAAUCCAAAAUCUAAAUCAAAUGCUCCUCUUGAAGAAGUUCUUGAAGAAGAGUCAUCAUCAAAGUUGGAGUCACAUAGCAAACCAAUUGAUGAGGAUGUAAAGAAUCAGGAGGAGAGUUCGCAGAGUGAAUCUGCUCAUUCCAUCUCAGAACUCUCACAAGACAGAGGUGACAAAGACCAAGAACAUGUCACCCAAAAGGAGAAUGAUGCUGGCUGUCUCAGUUUAACAACUAGUGUAGAUCCUUUGAGUGCAGAAUCAUCGAAGGUAGAAAAUGUUACUGGUGAUAGAACAGGAGAGAAUGAAGAAAGUGGAGAUUACAUGGAGAAAUGGAUGGAUAAGCAUGAAGAGGAAAUACCAGAUGUAAACAAAAUAGAUGAGUCAGUGCCAUCUGAAGAGGAGAAGGAACCUGAGGAGGAGUUCUUAGAUACAGCCAAAUCAAUCAAGGAAGAUGGUCAACACAAUGAAGCAAUUCAGAGCGCCUCUGUGCUUCCCUCUACUGCUGAAUGCGACAAAGAUGUUGGCCCUGCUUCUGAAGAAGAUACUUCCCCGGCUUCUGAAGAAGAUGCCUGUACAGAGCUUCAUACUCAGACUUCAGAUGUGAAUGAGGAUGACACUGUACAAGUGACAUCCACCAAGGAAGAAACUGUCCAAAGACAGGAUGAAACAGAACUGGAGGAUACUGGGGCUACUGUAGGAGAAGAGAUGACGGAACGAGAUAAAAAUGUUUCUGAGACAGAUGAGAGCAAAGAGUUGUCCCCAUCUCAGGAAGGAGAUAGUCUUGAAGAAUUUGAAUUCUUGUCUUCGCUGUCCAGAGAAACUUCAAUUGAGGAGCCACCACAGACUUCUGUGGCAACUCAAGAUGAAAAUACUUCAUUGGAAACAGAACAAGCAACAGCCCCACCAGCAGAUGAAGUUCUAACCCCAGAGGCCACUGGGCCACCAACAGAAUCAAUAGCCUUUGAUCCCCUGAGCAACAGCCAAACCCAGCAAGGAACACAGGAGGAUGAGGCAGCAGCUAGUCUUCAACAACCUCAACAAAGCCUAGAAGAGACACCAGAUGAUACAGCUAUGACAUCUGCCCCUCUCAUAGCAGUAGCCCCAGAAGAGGAUCCGCUCUCUGUCUCUGGCUCAAAGGUUCAAGGAGAAGAUACAGAUGAGGGGAAUAGGUCUGUGGAAGGAAUCAGAGAAGCGACACGCUCCGAGGUUCGAAAGAUCGUAGGUGUGAGGACGAGGACAGUAGCAUGGCCAACGGAAUCUAUGCAGCCGAUGAGCCAACAAGAGCUUCAGUACUAUUACUUCAAUAGCAUGCUUACUAACCACGAUGCAUUUGUUGAGGAUUUUGUGAAGGGGAACUACAUUGAUAAGCAUGAGUUCUAUGAUCUAGUGAGUAACUACUUACGAGCUCGACUGAAUGUAGGAACCAUACAAGCUGAGAUCAAGGGUCAGAGGGAAGAUUAUAUGGACAAUGUGGAACAGAUCUGGAGCUUCACACAGAAUGAGAUCCCUGUAAAGGGUCAGUGUCAAGAUGACGUCAAUGUGAAAUCCACCCAUACAUUCAAGACCGUUGAAUAUCACGAACAGAAGCUGAAGGCAGCAGAGUACGCUCUCUCUCAACUACGUAUCCACGUCCAUGGCACGUAUGCCCUGGUCACGUAUACAGCGCAGCUAUCACGCCUACAGAUCGAGGUAUUCAUCUAUCACCUGUUGAAUCGGUCUCAGCUCUUCAGACAGGUGGAUAGCACUAUGCCUGUCACAGCUCUUCUGAUGAAUCUCAAUUCUGCUGAAGCUCAAGCUGAUAUUAACAAACUGAAGCAGUGCAUCUCAGUUCUCUUUGCAUUCCAGCGCAGACCAAUCUCAGAUUCAGAGUUUGUUGAGCUCUCUAGAUCAUGGCUACAGCGUAUGAUAUCUGUGUUGCUGAGAGUAGCCACUCUUGAGGAGCAUCUCUUCAUCAUGAAUCAUCUCUUGAGAUGUCCUCCAGGCAUCAGCGAAUGGGCUUCGUUAUUCCUUCAGGUUUCACCUCCUGUACCCGUACGAGGCGCUCCCCAAGACACCCAGCUUCUCAGUAUGGAGGAGGAUGCUGCCUCAUCAUCGUCAUCAAGCAAAGGUCAAGGGUCACAUGGAUUCUGGGCUAGUCCACUCUUGGAUCACUUUGUUAAUAUGCUGGCAACUCUCAUGGCUCCAGUCAGAUAUCGCGAAGAGUUCUUGGCCAAGAUGAAGGUGGCAUCUACCAAUCCUUUCUCCUCUAACGCCUGUGAUCCUACGAUCAACUGGACAUUGGUUGAUGAAGAUCUAGAAUCAGAAGAUGAAGAAUCAUCUCAUAAACUUCUUCUGAAUGAAGGUGACCUGGUGGAGUUAUUAGCUCAGUUUCCUUUCACUGAAAUGUUCAGCCAUAUUCUUCUUGUGGAUACCAGUGCUGACAGAGCAUACAACGUUGAGCAGGUAGAGAGCCAAGAUAUGCUCAAACUGGUCGCAUUCUCUUCAAGUCUCAUCCAAAUCUUCCACACUGGUCUUCAGACAUUCAACAGAUCAAGAUAUCGCCAGUUUGUCAAGAGAAUCGGCAGACUCAUCAGACACACAGUGCAGUAUGUAUCUAACCAUUGGACCAACUACAAGACAUGGAGAGUAGAGGUGUGCAGAGACUCGGAGGAUAGCGUCCUACCUGGAUCAGACCCUCAGAAGGAGAUCACUCUACAGAAGAUACAGCUAGAGGUGGAUGAGAUGUUCUUCAGGGCUGUCCAGUGCAUCAUGUCUGCUCCAAGGCUUGGUACAUGGCAGUUCUUAGCUGACAUGCCAUACUCCUGCCUCUCACCUCAUAUGAUGUGGAGGUUGCUAUGGUUUCUGCAUCAUUCUGAUAAAGGAGAAGUUAGCUCUACAGCUUCUAUCAGUGUGAGAACUAGAGCUAAGCUAGAUGAAUACAAGUGGGAUCUGUCAGAUUCUACAAAGAAAGCUCAUUUUGGAAAGAAGCUCUUGAACAUGCCUAUGUCAGAGGUCAUCUAUCUGCUGACGACCUUUGCCAACAUGGCUAGUGCCAGGACUAACAAAGAAACUGAUUUUGUCAUUACCAUCACGAAUGAGGUCUAUGAGCUUGCCUAUCUGAACAAACACACCAGAGACUCAUGUUCUAAGGUUGGAAGGGAGUUACUUGCUGGUAUGGCGAUGACACAUCCUUUCAUUCUCACUAACAUCCUCAGUCUCAUCCAGUCUCACAUGGACAUUACUGGCACGAUGAGUGUAUACCUAUGCUCUGAGUUGCCUGUCUAUCUGUGGCAACCUUCUGUCUCUGAUAUGAGCUUCAUACGAGUGUGGAUCUUAGAUCACAGUCCUGACUCGACUGAGAACCAACUAGCAAGGCUCAUCUUGUCCAAGCUUAACUGGGGCUAUACUGAGCAGGAGGAUGAGCUUGUACUGGACAUCAGCUUGCAUCGUAAGGUAGCCCUCUUGGUUAUGGAAGCUUUCACCAAGCACAUCGCAGAGAAGACACAGGCAGCCUUCAUUGCCUCCACACUUUCAUGGGGAAUAUCAAUGGUGCUAGGAGACGUUGUGAACCUGGAUGUCUGGUGUUGGGACCUUCUCAACAAGCUACGGCUCCAUGGCCAGGACCAGCCGACGCCCAUCCUAUGUGCAUCAGGUCACACCCAAGAGACAUCAGGAGGUCACUCCUCCAAAGCAGGAGAGGCAAGAGCAGCUAUGGGUGUCGUACAGCAUGGUGGUGGAACAUCAUCAGGGCAGAACUUCUCAGCCCCGGAUUUGAACUCUGACCCUAUGUUGUACCCUGUCAACAAGGCCCUGGCUAGCAAGAUACCAUUGGCAUGUUAUAUUGCUGUAGCAAUGACCAAAGCAGGCCACAACCUUGAGGAUUUCUUAACCAAGGGAUUGGAAUAUCUUCAGAACCUGGUUAGUGCUGGUUGUUACAGGAUGUGUAUACCACUGAUAGGCAAGAUUGUUCCAACCUUCAUUGAAUCAGGGCAUCAGGAAUACCUGCUUAAGAGUGUCAAGUUCAUCUCUUUGAUAGAGACCAUUCUAACUGCUGAUCAUCAAUACUCCAGGAUCUUGCAGAAACUCUCCAUGUCUUUCCAGACAGAGUGUACUGCACUCUUCUCCAGUAUGAUUGCAACCCUUCUGCAAGCUAGCAGAGCACCUGGAACACGUACUCCUGGUCUGACAGAGACCAUGUUUGAAUUCUGGUUGAUGAUCCUGACCUCCUGUAAGAACUGGCAUACUAACCACGAUGUAUGCCAGGUCCUAGACGCGACCUUAGAGGCUGCCCUCGUCUGUCAUAAAGCAAGCAAUGUACUGACGCAAGAAAUAUUCAUGACUCACUUCAGGAAGAAGGUUCCUGUCUCGAGGGCUCCUGGUCUGUUAUCCUCUGUCAUGUCCCUAGUCUCCUCCUCUAGUCCUCUACCCACCAUGCUGGAGCAACACAAGAAGGAGUUCCCUUGGCUUGCUUACUCCCUCAUGUCAGCUGAGACAAGGUUCCUGCAGGAGAGUGGAGUGCUUCAGGUGGUCUCCCAGGAGCUCCAUACCAACCCCUCAAUGACCACUGACCAGGCUCUCAAGAGAGCAAACCAGCAGUUGAAGAGUAAUUUCUUGGUGAACGUGAACCAGCUUCCUAUCUACCGCUGGGCUCAGCUAGCCUUAGAUACAGAUAUCACGCAUCCUCUACUACCGGUUAUAUGGCAGAUGUUUUUCACUCUCUAUCUUGAACGAAUGAAGGCACCAGGAGGCACGUUAGAGCGAUUCAGCAUAGGUCAUCGCUAUUUCCUAUGCUUGAGUGAUGUGACCUUCUUGAGGAAGCUGAAGCGGCACCUCUCAAGCAUCGCAGACUACCAUCACAAUGCUAGCCAGGGUCACUACCCUCAAGGUCAGCCACCCAGGAGACACAAGAUGACCUCACAGGUCAGCAAGGUGGAGGGGUCAACUCUAGAGGGAGCUGUUGGAGGAGCUGAUGGAGAGGGUGGAGGAGUGGCUGAUGGGAAGAGUUCUAAAGAUGGAGAGGAUUUUGAAGCUGUUGCUGACAAGGAGUUCCACACCAGGCUAAUCAGGCUGUAUCAAACCUACCUCUUAUGGCUUGAAGAAUUCUUACUUCACGAAGCAAGUUUGUACCUACCUUCCUUACCGGAGCAGUACGACAGAGAGAAGCUAGCAAGGAUAUUCACUGGAGAUGUGGAUCCUUGGAUGGAGUAUGUUGAUUGGGAUGGAGUAAGCUAUGGAGUAGACAGACUGGUAACACAAUGGUUGCAGGUUACAAGACCAACUAUCUACAAGAAUAAUGGUCUUAGUGCUAGGGAUCAAGAGAUAGAUGCUACAACACAGAUCCUGCACCGUUUAGCCCAGUAUGAGAAGCCCAAACCAGCUCCUACUGUCCAGGCCAUCACGGCUCCAGUAGGAGACAUACCAGAGAAUCUCCUGGUGGAUCAUCAAGCCAUGCUGGAGUUCAUUGAUGGAGAUCUUCAAGAAAUGCUCAGUUAUGCCAACUCAUUUUCAACGAGAGAAAGCUUUAACGUCGGUUUGGACCUGAGCUACAUAGAGCUACUGCCUACACUAUAUCACAAUUCUGAAAUCCAGACGAGACUAGAGAUCCCUUGUAAAUCAGCCGUGUCUUCCAGACAUCGUUGCUUGGGUCCAGCUAAGAUUCUCAUCAGGCACCAGGAAUGCAAGGUAAGUGAUGCAGUCAAGAGGAAGCUGGAUGAGAACAGAACUGAAUACAAGCAGCUAUCAAUAGAAACAGAAUCACCGCCCCCUCCUGUCAUCUGCUCUGCUGCUGUCCAUAUAGAGAAUGCCAUCACUGACUUGAUCAACGUGAGUCGUGAAUCAAUGGGGGAAGAGAGGGUGGCCAUCAACCAGGUGGGUGUGGCUCUUCUAUAUCACCUUGCCAACAAGAUGAAUGAUGACUGCAGGCAUUACCCUCCUACCAGGCAGUUCUUCACAUCAUGUAUUGAGAUCUUAGGACAGGAAUUUGUGAGACCGUAUCCUGAAGAAGCGCAAACACUCCUUCAUGAGAUUCUGACCAAUCACAAACUUGCCGGUGUGUUGGCACCAAACUUUGUACCUUGCAACUGUCCUUCAACCUUUGUUCAUAUGUACACAGAGGUAGUAAGGGCUACUGCUAACGACAUGCAGGACCUGGCUUUCAUGUUGCUCACUAAGUUUGACAUUGGUCAUUGGUUAAAGCAGCACCACCCGACUCACUCUACCUGCUCUCAUCUGAUCACCACCAUUGGUGAGGCCUUGACUGCCUGUGGGUUAGGGGAGGAGACAGACUCUAGACCCCUCCCUCACUAUGAGGUCUACCGCUCACAUCUACAGACCGUCUUCCUCUAUAACUUCCCUCAGCAUUAUGCAGAUGUCAUGCACAUAGUCAUCAAAGGUAUGGAAGAGAAGAGUCUGAAGCUGAAAGUGCUUGAGGAUGUGUUGAAGACACUAGACUGUCCUGUACUACCAGACUUUGGGGAUAUAGGACAGAAGCAGGUGGAGAAGCUUGUACAAGAGGAAACACUCAUCUCACUCAAUGAACUUGUACAAAGCCUGGAAUGGAUGGGUAAUUACUUCUCCCGUCAGAGACAUAGCAAGCAGGAGCUGCUUCAGUUUGGCUUGUACAGUCAUUGGAAAGAUUUCAUGCCAGCACUCUCUAGUUUCCUGGGAUAUCUUGCUCUCAACUGUGUCCUGAAGGAAGCAAAGAGGCUGCAGGAGACUAAUAGGAAUAUAGAAAUAGGUAUUAAGAAGCUUUGGGAUCUAGUUCUUUCUUUCUUUGCUCCGUGGGUUGGACCAGCAGAGGCUGCUUUACCAGCCAAGCCUGGACAGUUUGAAGUUCUACCAGCCUGGUCAGAGGGAGACGUGGAAAGUGCCUUGGUCAUGGUUACACUCUUUGCUGAGACAACCAGUUUCAUGCAAGCUCUCUUCCAUAAUGCCCAGCAGCCAGCGACUACCAAUAUCUUAUCAAUGUUCUGGUCCUACUAUGUGCGCUCUUUGGCCAAGAAGGGAGUGAGAGAGGACAUCCUGUAUGCCUAUCACCGGGCCAUGGCUGGCCUCCCCUGGGCUGAGUUCUAUCCUGAUGUCUACUGUAUGGAAUCCAUGAUCAAGAUGUAUGAGGCUGGUCUGGAAAGCUGUCUUCUCUUCUUAGCAUCCAUCUUCCAUCGCAUCCAAUGGACCGGUAUCUUGGAGUGCAUCAUCGCUAGGGGUGACCUGCAGACAGCUAAUCAGUUCCUCUCAGCAUUGCUCAGUAUGCUCAUCAUCUUCGGCAACUCUGUUCCCAUCAUGCAUUCACAGGGAAGCAGUAUCAAAGUGCUUGUUGCAGAAGCACAUCAGUUUCCAUGGUACCUGCUAGACGAGAGCUGCUAUCAUAGCGCUACCAUGUGGCAGCUAAAGAAGAGUAAUUCACGCUCUGUGUUGGAGGAGCUUUCUGCUGGUUCAAUUCUUAGCUUGAUGCGAGCAGUAGCUGGAGUCGGUAGCACAGAGGCAUCAAACCCUCGCCUUGCAUCCAAACAAGCUGCUUACAUAGGAUUAGUGGUUGGUCUCAUGUGUCAAUGCUCACAGAACAGAGAGGUCAGAGCUGAACAGUUCACUACCCCACUACAUGGUCUACUCUAUGAUAUCACUCUCAUAUCAUCAUCAGCUGGUCCUAGUGUUGAAUCCUCGACCCACCUAUCAUCUCUCCUCACCACCGUGCUAUCUCUCCUCAACGGCUGCUCGCCCAUCACUGGUGCUCCGGAUUCCAUUGUGAGAGGUCUUACAGCAUGGCUAGCUACCUGUGCUAAUAGUAACCUAGUACUGCAAAUCAUCUCAGUAGCAUGUAACACACUAGCGUCUACCAAGCACAUGGCCGUUAUCAUUGAGGCUUGCAUCGAUUCCUACUUUGCAACUGUCAAACCCCCACCCAACGAUACCACUCAUGGUUGGGCCGGUGUAGUAUCAGUUCUUCAGAUACCUCAGCUGUCUCAUGAUGAGUUCCUUGGUCAAUGCUUAGAGGGCGGUGCAUACCUAACUCUGUUUGCAUACCUAGCACAGAAGCUACCUCAGUGCAGGAGUCUAGAGGAAGAGACAGCCAUCCAUACCAAGCUCAUAGACUGGUGUAUCAACUGCACACCAAGUCGUGAGAAUGAGUACAAAGUGCUGCUGUGGUGGUACAAGGCUAUGGAGCUGACAGUGCGGAUGAUCAACUUUGGAGCCCCUGAGAGUAACCUGUCUCGCUCUCUCAAUAACCUAGCUCCUGCCAUCAUGGCCCUCGGAGAAGAUAGGAGGUCAGCAGGUAUCCUGGGAGCAUUGGGCUUCGGUAAACAUUCACAACUCUCAUUCAGGUUUCGCCUAGCAGCAAGAAGUCUUGCAGUCUUCAUCAUGGCUCAGCUGCCAAAGGAAGGUAUCCGCAUGGUAGCCAACGCACCUGGAGCCCUGGUCUACCCCAGCACAACGCGCUCUACACGAGGCUCCAGCGGGAGCAUCCAGCAAGGUAUGAAGCUCCUGGACAGUGCCCUGGAGAACAGGAGCUACAUGGAUCUGAAGGCAAUCACAGAGUAUGUAAGGAGGUUCAUUCUAGAUGACCAUCAUUGUUUGCCCGAUGGUGCAUCCUUUACAUCGUAUCUAGCCUCAAACCUGUUCCCUGAGAGAGCUUGUCUGAAUGUUGUUUGUCAAAGGAACGCCAAUGUUACAUCCUAAUAGGUUAUCUUCAGUCAAACCUGUCUAUAAAGGCCAUCCAAGGGAAACAGAUAAGAGAAAGUAGCUGCUGUGGACAGGUGCUCUUUGUAGACAGGUUCUACAGCACACACCCUAAAGGGAGAGAGUGUAGGUGGCCACUUUAGACUAAUGGCAUUUCUCAAGAGGUGGCAACUAAGACAAGUUUAACGGUAUGUAGAGGAUUUAAGAAGGUUUAAUCAUGAUGCAGUUAAUUCUUCUCCGUGUGCAUGUCAAUUUAACUCUCAUAUCUCAUAUAGCUUUGGAUUGAAAAGACUUAGCCAAAGAUAAAAAAAAAACUACUGUAUGACCAAAGUUUCAUCCCUUCAAUCACGACAUGACUGUCUCACAUAUCCUUUGAGGUGGCAGAGAGAUUCCUUAAACUAGUACUCCCACUUUCAAGUCAUUAUUUCUAGAGAGAGAGAGAGAGAGAGAGAGAGAGAGAGAGAGAGAGAGAGAGAGAGAGAGAGUAUACAGUGCAAGCCCCUUAUUAGUAUUCUACCCAUAUACAGAAUGUACAAUAUACUUGUAGAUAUGAACAGAGUUUUUGAUACAUUGUCACAUCAUGUUUUGAUUCUUCUUGGGUUUUACUAUACAGACAAUUCGACUUGUAUCAUUUAGUUCCCCAUUAUGAUGAGGGUCAUAGAUUGAUGUGGAUCUGUCAUUCUCCAGCAGUAUAUUCAAAAUGGCAUUUAAUCAUUUAAUAUAGGUUACUAAAAUGACUGGAGAAUAUUACAUACCGGUAACUUGUAGUUUAAUGUAUACAUAUACUCUAUUGAAUACCAUGAUGUUGCCUAUACAUUAUAGAAUGGGUAUACAUGUAUGUAUAGACAAAAUCAGAGAACUACCCAUUUUUUCACAACUCAAUAUUACACAAUCUACAUUUAGGGGUAAAAGGAAUGGUUUUUCCCUGCAAAAUUUAAAAUGAGGAGCUUCUGCAUAUCAUGAUUCUGCAUAUUUUUCUAGUACACAUGAUUAUGUCCUGUUUUAAAGUUUUGAAAGCUCCAAGGGUUUAUAUUUCAACUGUGAAACAUGACUAGCUCUCAUUUUUAAAAGAAUAUGCAAUAGGUAGAACAUGUAGAGGUAGACUAUGUAUCAAAUGCUUUGAACUUUUCCUUGACUCUGAAAUAUUUGUUCAUUCAGGCUUUUUUUUUUUAAUUCACGUAAAACUGAAGAACCAUCACAAUCAUUAUUAUUCAGCAUUAGCUAACAUUAUGUGGGAGCUAAUAUUUGGCUUAUCAGUAUGCAUCAAUGUUUACUCAUUCUGCAAUUGAUGAUGUCAAGAUACCAUUAUUGUAUAGAAAUCAUAGAUUUUAUGAUUUCCUGAUUGAUAUUCGUUGAUGUAAACAUUACUAUAAUACAUGUAGAGAGAUAAAUCUAUACUUUACUGAACAAACAGGUACAUGUACAUGUAUGGUAAAAUUACUGAACAUUUUUAUUUGUGCUGUAUAUUGAAAGGGUUUUUGUUUACAUUAGAAUGUAUAUUUAUCAUGACAGAACAUUUUAUAUGUAUUGAUUUGAAUUUGAGUAUUUUCCUACCUUUUAUUUUUGAAUAGUUGUAUACCUUUCUCGUUGCAUUUGAUCAAAUAUUCAAGAGUGUACUUUGGUAAUGGACAUGUAUUAUUGUUAUAGCCCUUGUAUUUUAUUUCAUUUGGACUUAUACACAGUACCAUGUUAUACAUGCUGAGAUCAAUCAUAGCAUUUUAGGGAUUUUGUAUGUUACAAAUGUCCACCAUUAUUUUUGUAACUUCUUUUCUGUUCUUCCAAUUUUAGCUUCCAUUACCUUAGGUCUACAUAGUGUUUGAAUCUAUCAAUUUGUAUUACAAAUUAUUAAAAUGCAUAUGGAUAUUGUCAGUUAUCACAAACAU